GAGAGUUACAGCCUCCCCGUAAAACUUGUAGCUUUGUUUCAGGAAGAAGAUGAGAUAAAGCUGCUCAGAUGGAGGCCAGUUCCACCAGUCUCAAGAAGCUCAAGUUUGGGAAGCUGAAGGUGGUCCGUCGGCGCUUGCUGCAGCGGUAUGAGCAUCAGCCCUUCAUCUCCUGCCUGGCUGGUUUCUACAGCUGCCGGUGGAAGCGGUACCAGCGCGGGAGGACAGAGCCUGGGAAAUGCUGCUGCAAGAUGCGGGAAUGUGUGUUUUUCCCAUUGCUUGUUGGAGCUUUCUGCUUUUCUCUGGUCUUUCUGUACAUGUGGGGUGAAGCCAAGAAUGACUACAAUAACUUUGACUGGUACAACUAUGGGAACCUGGGCUUCUGGUUUCUCUGGUCUCUUGUUCUCCUGAUCGUGGCGGCACUCUUGUUCACAUACAUCACGCUGCUGCUGGUCCUGGCGAUGUGUUUGCUUGCAGAAGGCCAGCAGCUGUACCUCCACUGGAGUCACAAGAUUGGGACUUUUCUUGUCCUGGGCUUCUCUGUCACAGCCCUCUUCAUAUUAUCAGUGCUCUGGGGAGAUCAAUGGAAAACUGUCCGCCUGUCGUUCCAG